CCCAGCCAUGACUACAUGUCGACGGCCCAUGAACUUUGGCAUGUGGUGCUGGCGCUGGUGUGGCUCGACUUGGUGCUCGUGCUGCUGGGGACGCUGGCCGUCAUCCUCCUCAUCUGGGGCGCGGCUCAGAGGAAGGCGCUGCUGCUGCUGCCGUGGCUCGCGGUCGAGCUGCUCGACGCCGCCUACGAGCUCGGAUUCUUCGCGUUCAUGUUCCUGUCCAACGACGUCGCGAUCGCCAUCGACCUCCUGCCCAUCCUCGCGCUCCCGAUUACUGUGUACUGCUGGCUCGUCGUGUACAGCCUGUACCAAGAAUGCAAGGAGACCGAGGAGCGCAACACGUCUCUCCCGCUGCCGCUGUCCAUGUCGGCGCUGGAGGCGGGAGGCGCCGGCGCGCUGGGCGGUUGCACUGUCCCCUACGGCAGGAUGGCGGCCUGAGCCUGAGUGCGGCCCUCCCUCCCUACAACUAUUAACCUGUACGGACUGAAACUGAGAAACAGAGCGCGCUCUCCAGGGGGACUCGCUGUUUUUAGCUAAUGUUCAUGUAUGAACGAAACUUGUGAUAUAGAAAAGAUAAGAGUCGUUGAACUUAUGUUCCAAGUCAAGACACGGAUGUAAAUUUGCUAUCCUACCUUUGACAGUUCAGUUUGGUGGAUUGGCGAAAUGGAAUGAGCGAAUGUAAAAUAAAAUUAAAUAUGUACUUUUGUUUUGAGUUAGGGUGCUUGUGGAAGGUAGAUUGCACUUAGCACAUUAUUUUCUGCUUGAAUUCAUGGUAGUAGCCAAGUUUUGGUGUUAUGUGUCUGUGUAUAUAAUAUGUAAUUAAACUAUGUCAGCACUAGAAAUAAAAUUUGCUUGGUACAGAUGUA